AUGACUAUCACGGGCCAAAUCAAUUCAGAGACUUUAAACAAUGGCGUGCCUAUAUUCGCUCCCCCGUAUCGAUGGUCAAAACACUGGCCCCGUUUCACCGACGUGAAUUGUAUUACCAUCCGAUACCGCACUGAUGGAAGCUCCAUUCGACAAUAUAUACCCGACAACCUGCAAAUCGAGGAAACGCCCAUUGUUACCAUUAUGCUCCUCGACUUUGGCUUCUCCGUCAUUGGACCCUAUCACGAGCUAAUCCAUUGCGUUGAAGUUACGUAUGAGGGGAAAAAAUACAACUACUCAUUUCUUCUCAUUUUAGAUAAUGAGGAAGCGUGUAUUGGCGGUCGGGAGUUAUUAGGAAACCCUAAGGUUCUUGGGACGAUUGAGUUCGACAGGCAAAAUCGACCACCAACGGCUUUCAUCCACGGUCGCGUCCUUCGACCUAGUAAUACCGUAAUUGCGGAUAUUCAUUUCAAGCCUCUUUGUUUGGUUCUGGAUGCAGGAGAAUCCAAGACGCCAAUUACAGGUCUGAAUCUUCGGUUGAUUCCGAGCUUGAUACCUGGUGCGCCCCCCAGUGUCCGAGAAUAUACCAACGUCGAUUUCACUUUACAGGGAGGAGAAGUCUGGGAAGGUGUUGGUUCUCUUAAUUUCCCAUCCAAUUCUGAGUUCGAACCCCUGCACAAAUUUCCUGUACUAGAAUAUUUAUCCGCCACAUAUCACCGAGGGGCCUGGGUUGAGCAGAGGUUAUUGAACGUCUAUAGCUUCUGA